AUGUAUCGGAAGUUGUCUAAGUUAGAACACUCGGAAAUAAAACAACUUCUUACAGAAGCUAACAUAGAUGUUGCAAAACAUUACGCGACAAACAAAAAAGCACUCGCUGACUUCAUUAAAGACUACAAUGGUGAAAUAACUUAUGAUAGAAUUCAUGAGUUCAUAAAUGCAAGAGCAUUUCCUUUAAAUGACGUUGCUAUUGACUUAUAUCAUAGACGUUCAAUACCUCAUGAAGUAAGAAGAGAAAUGUUUGACAUAACAAAUGCAAACGUUGGUCAUACUCGUAAAGCUCUUUCGCAUGACGUUCGUCAAGAGAUGUUUGACAUAACAAAUGCAAACGUUGGUGAAACAAGAAGAAGAGACGACACACUGAAACAACAGAGAAGAGAGAUGUUUAAAAGUGCUAUAGAACAAGUUCGCAAAGCUAACGAUGUCAUUCGUUCCAUUGACGACAAACCAAAAGAAGGUGAGAGAUGGUUAAAGAAAGAUGAAGAGAAUAGGAAGAGAAAUGUGAAGUCAGGCAAUAGACUCAUUGACUUUAACAUCGAAGCUUUAGAUGAACCAAACAGAGACUAUUUACACAAACAUUUCGGUAAGGUUUUCAUGAGACUCUUAGAGAAGAUUAAAAUAAACUCCCAACAAAGAUGGAUGGUAUGUUAUAAACUUGGUGGAAAGUAUGAAUGUUCUACGUUAAACCUCAAUAAUAUUGGAACAUUACUACAUCAGCUCUUGAAGGAGAACUUUAUAUCAGAGAUAGAAGCAAAUGCUGCAGGUAUUGUUGAAAUGCACUAU